AAAAAAAACAAACCAAUAAACCCUACUUAACCUUGAUCACUUUCCUUCCCAACUUUCAUCUUCUCUCAAGAGAUAAAAAGGAAAAUGGGGGGAAGUGAUAGUGAAGCAGAGAAAUCAACAAUGAAAGAAAAGGAGAAGAAGAAACUGUUAGCAUUAGCACCAAUUGCUAAACCACUUGCUGGCAAAAAACUAUCUAAACGUACCUUAAAACUUGUUCGCAAAGCUGCGGAACAUAAAUGUUUAAAAAGAGGAGUUAAAGAGGUUGUGAAAAGCAUCAGGCGUGGUAAUAAAGGAGUGUGUGUAAUUGCGGGAAAUAUAACUCCAAUUGAUGUGAUAACUCACGUUCCGAUAUUAUGCGAAGAGUCAGAGAUACCAUAUGUUUACGUCACAUCAAAGGAAGAUCUUGCAAAUGCAGGUGCAACCAAGAGGCCGACAUGCUGUGUUCUUGUUCUUCCCAAGCCAACAAAGGCAGAACUUGGAGAGGAAAUCCAGCAAAAACUGAAAAGCGAAUAUGAUCAAGUUGCUACAGAAAUAACAUCACUUGCUGCUUCUAUGUUCUGAAAACAAUUGCUUGUAACUUUCCUUUGAGCAACAUAUAUAUUUCAAUGUAUUGGUAUCAGUUGUUUAUAUUUUUAAGCAGCUUUAUUAUGUUAUGAGCUUUUGUUCCA